AGAUUUUAAUGAUCCAUGGUAUUUUAUAAUGUGACAUCAUUGCUCUACUUAUGAUUAAAUCAAACCGGAAACCCCUUUGUAAGUUCUAACCGAGAAUUCGAAUCAAAAUUUAGCUGCUGUAUAAUACUGUAAUAGAGUCAACUUGAGUCUCAACUCAUCCCUCAUGACAGAGACUUCAGACACUAAAAGGUUACGAGCAGCAGUUCAUUACGGUGUAAAAGAGGCCUGUCAAAGCUCCGCUAUUCCAUUUUCUAAAGAGUGUGUGGCUCUUAUCACAGAGAUGACUCUUAGACAGACCGAAAUGAUGGCUCACGACUUAGAGUCCUUUUCUCAGCAUGCCAAAAGGAGUACAGUUACCGGAGAUGAUGUUAUGUUAUGCGCCAGAAGGAACCCCUCCAUGCAGGACUCUCUGCGGGAGAAACAAGAGUCACUACCUGGUCAUAGCAAACGCAAAUCUAAGCAGAAACCUGGCUGAAUUCACCUCUAGGAAAACUACAGAUGAUGUGAUAAUGACAACUGAACGACAGCACUACCCUCUGGACGAUGGUGAGACGGACUCCAACCCUUACCUCAACAUUCCUCCUCAGUAUUUCACUAAAGAUCCUCCAAAAUGCGUCCUUUUUGGCCCUAAAUUCUGCCUGAAUGUCCCUAAAACAUUCAUAAUCCGAGAGAAAGUCCGCAUGAACCGGGACAACUGCUUCAAGGUAUACGACCAGCAGAACACUGAGUUCUUCAAGGUAAGCAACCCAAUGAAGACGAUGCGGGGGAAGCAUGUGAUCACUGACAUAGCAGGGGAGGAUCUAGUAAAGCUGAAGAAGAAACUCCUCUCCCUUCACCCCACCUGGCAUUUAAACUCCGGACCGAAACUAGAGUCCAGACUUGCAACACUCGUCUUUGAGUUCACCAUGUUGAAGAAAAAAGCGCAGUUGUACGUAUACGAUCACCCAUACCCGCAUGAAGAUGACGACACUAAAUACGAACACAUGAGACCGGUCCUGUACAUCAAAUCAGACAGCACAGGGCGCGACUUCAAGGUGUUCGACGAGGUUACCAGCGAGGUGUACGCGGAGGUCUCCAAGAGAGCCAUGUCCAGUAACUCAGAUGUUCUGGUGGAGCCUGAUAAUUACUCUGUAACUGUGAACCCUGGAGUGGAUGUGCUGUUCAUGGUGGCUAUUACCCUCAUGUACGAGUAUGCUCUGUCAGAUAUCGAGAGUUAGAGUUUAGUGGAAACCAAACUUACAGUUAUGUUAUUUAGUGCUGCUGAUGAUGAAUCACCUCUCAUCUUGAAUAAAUUAAACCGAUAUCUGUCGAAGAACUGCCUUUUGAAACAGUAAACUAAAUUCAUAACUUUUAUCAACAGACACUAUUUCGAUGGAUACAUUUCAUUUUCUGCUAGCUAUCUGAUAAGCUGACCAUAUCUUAAAUUAUUUUGGAGGAAUUUUAGGAUCAAAGAAACGACGCGAACUUAGCAGUACCCAAUUUUAAAAGUGACCUUUUACAUGCACUGUUCUGCUUUAUUAUGACAAUAUGUUUGCUUAAUUCCUAUUGAUGUCUUGGUUGAUAUAUUACUUAAUGAUUCAUUUAAUUAUGGA